UGCCACGCGGAGUCCCGCUUGCUGGAGCAGAUCCAGUCCUGGGACCUGGACCCGAAGCUCCACUAUGGGGUUACCUGCUUUCUCUCCUGGAGCCCCUGCACUGACUGUGCGCAGGACAUGGCUCAGUUCCUGAAGGAGAACAGCCACGUGAGCCUGAGCCUCUUCGCCUCCCGCCUCUAUACCCUCGGACACUAUGACGAGGGCUUGCGCACCCUGAAGAGGGCUGGGGCCAGCAUAGCCAUCAUGACCUCCAGGGAGUUUGAGCACUGCUGGAACGCCUUCGUGCACCACAAGGGAAACCGCUUCCAGCCCUGGCCGGGUCUGGACACGGAGAGUCAGAAAUUCUCUGAGAAACUGCAGGGCAUUCUCCGGGUGAGGUUCCUCCCUCCCUCCCUG